AGCCGCCAGUCGCUCAUUCCACCACGGUCAGCCAGCCAAGAGGGGGUCCGGACAAAUUCUUUCAUUUGGGAAACCCGACAGCAACAUUUACCAAUAACUAACAGAUACAUUCGUUUUAUUUAUUUAAAGUAAACGUAGUUAACUUAUUUGGUAAUCGUUGACUGAAGUACGUAUUUUGUUUAAAAAGAUAAAAGGAAAAAAAAAACACAGCUACAGCCUAGCUAGUCGUGCUAACAAAGAAAAUCCUUUCUCUCCAGAAAUAAUCCCCCCACUAUUCUCUUUAGUUAUGAGUCAUGUGGCCAUCGAGAAUCCACACGGUCUAGAUCAGCAGCUUGCUGCCCUAGACUUGAACUCAGCUGACGGACAAGGUGGAGGCACCGGCAGACGCUACAUUCCACCUCACUUGAGGAACAAAGAUGCUUCCAAAAAUGCAGGAAAUGCUUAUUCCGCUGGUAGACAGUGCGGUUAUUCAGUGGCACCAGUAAACCUCUUUUCUUCUAAGCAGUGCCCACAACCGUGGCAGGCAGAGCGUCAGCAAAGACACAGAAAUAACUAUUCUCCUGGAUGGGAUGACUGUAGAACUGGUUACCCAAGACUGACUUCUCAAGAGCUUGCCUUUUACCAUGCCUACAGUGGGGGUUGGCCAAACAGAUGUGAUUCACCUGGAUGGGACAGUGGCCGCAGCAAUGGAUUUGUGAAUGGUUACCACGACAACCGCAUGAAUGGGGGAUUUGGAGGGCGUGGACCUCCUCGCAACGAUAGAGGUGGGCGUAGCGGCUACCGCGGUAACAGGGGCGGAGGCUCGUUUAAUCAACCACUGCAGAAUGCAGGGUUUGGUAGUUAUGACAACAAAGAUGGUGGCUGGGGAGGACCUCCACGAGAUGCCGCCUACAACAGCUUUGGGGGGCGCUCUGACAGGGGCAAGUCUGCCUUCUUCAAUGACCGGGGCGCAGGCUCCAGGGGAAGAUAUGAGCGCGGGGGCUUCAGUGGCGGAGGAAACAGCCGCUGGGUGGAGGAUUCCAGAGAUGAUGAAGAUUGGUCCAAGCCCACUGCACCCAACGAGCGCCUGGAACAUGAAUUGUUCUCUGGGAGCAACACCGGAAUUAAUUUUGAGAAAUAUGACGACAUUCCUGUGGAGGCCACUGGAAGCAACUGUCCACCCCACAUUGAAAGUUUCCAUGAUGUAGACAUGGGGGAGAUCAUCAUGGGCAACAUUACCCUAAGUCGGUACACUCGCCCCACCCCUGUUCAGAAGCAUGCAAUCCCCAUCAUCAAGUCCAAGAGAGACCUGAUGGCAUGUGCCCAGACCGGCUCCGGUAAGACCGCUGCUUUCCUGCUGCCAGUGCUGAGUCAGAUUUACACGGAUGGUCCAGGAGACGCGCUGCAGGCCGCCAAGAACAGUGGACAUGAGAAUGGCAAGUAUGGCCGCCGUAAGCAGUACCCAAUUUCCCUCGUUCUGGCUCCCACCAGAGAGCUGGCCUUGCAAAUCUAUGAUGAGGCCAGGAAGUUUGCCUAUCGCUCCCGUGUACGUCCCUGUGUGGUGUACGGUGGUGCAGAUAUUGGCCAACAGAUCAGGGACCUGGAGAGAGGCUGUCACCUGCUUGUGGCAACGCCUGGACGUCUGGUGGACAUGAUGGAGAGGGGCAAGAUCGGCCUGGACUACUGCAACUACCUGGUGUUGGAUGAGGCGGACCGUAUGUUAGACAUGGGCUUUGAGCCACAGAUCAGACGCAUCGUGGAGCAGGACACAAUGCCGCCUAAAGGCAUCCGCCAGACAAUGAUGUUCAGCGCCACAUUCCCCAAGGAGAUCCAGAUCCUGGCUCGUGAUUUCCUGGAGGACUACAUUUUCCUUGCUGUGGGGCGUGUUGGCUCCACCUCAGAAAACAUCACCCAGAAGGUGGUCUGGGUGGAAGAGAGUGACAAACGGUCCUUCCUCCUUGACCUGCUCAAUGCCACAGGUAAAGACUCAUUGACGCUGGUGUUUGUGGAGACUAAGAAGGGAGCCGAUGCCCUGGAAGACUUCCUUUACCGAGAGGGUUAUGCCUGCACCAGCAUCCAUGGAGACAGAUCCCAGAGAGACAGAGAAGAAGCUCUGCAUCAGUUCCGUUCUGGACGCUGCCCAAUCCUGGUGGCCACAGCUGUGGCUGCCAGAGGUCUGGACAUCUCCAAUGUGAAGCAUGUGAUCAACUUUGACUUGCCCAGUGACAUUGAGGAGUACGUUCACCGUAUUGGCCGUACGGGACGUGUGGGCAACCUCGGUCUGGCCACGUCGUUCUUUAACGACAAAAACAGCAACAUAACCAAAGAUUUGCUGGACAUUCUGGUGGAGGCCAAGCAGGAGGUUCCCUCCUGGCUUGAGAGCCUGGCCUACGAGCACCAGCACAAGAGCAGCAACCGCGGACGCUCCAAGAGGUUCUCUGGUGGUUUUGGAGCCAGAGAUUACCGUCAGACGUCCGGUGGUUCCAGCGGCUUCAGUGGUGGCCGCGGUGGUCGUAACACCGGAGGCCAUGGAGGAAACCGCGGCUUUGGAGGAAGUGGCUUUGGUGGCAACUUCUACAACAGCGAUGGCUAUGGAGGAAAUUACAACCACUCUGGUAGCGUGGACUGGUGGGGCAACUAGUCACCUUAGGAAUAGGUUGCCAUGCCAACCCAACCCCACGGAAACCACAUGUAAACUUUAGCCAGACCAUAACAACCCUCCCUGUGUAGCUUCACUGACACACAGUACAUUACCAACCCUGAUUCUCUGCCCUUCGCUUCUCACAAAACAGAAGUGCAGCGCGCCGCAAAGGAAAGUCACCAGCACGCGCGAUCUACUGGAGACCGCAGAGAUUCGCACACCUCAUAGAGUGAGCAUGGAUGCUGACAUGCAUUGUCCGAUAGCAACCUCGGACCUUCAUUGUUAAAAGUAUUUUUUCUUUUUGUGGAAAAAAACAACUAAUUGAAUAACCUGAGGAUCAUUUGUAUGUUAAUGUACUGUGCCUUUUGAAUUUAAACAGGAAAUCUAUGUUUUCAUUUCACCAAAUGAACAUGGCCAAGAGCUCUAAAUUUGUUAUUACUGUUAUUUUGUUAUUUGGUGAAAAGCAUAAGAAAAGUAAAAUAAGCUUGGACUUAAUCAAACCUUGGCAAACACUGGGGUGUUGUGGCUCGCUAGAGUCAUGAUUCCAUUUGAACUUCAAAAUUAUUGCAGGGACAUCAUGUAGCCUUUUCUACAGUUGAACAGCUAAUGGAGCCAUCACUAUAAUGUCCUAUUCAACUGGGGCACUCCCAGUGAAGAAACCGUAUUCUAAUCCUAAGGGACAAAGCGUUAGAUUACUUUUUUCUUUAUUCGCUCACUCUAUCCUGGACAGGCUCCUUUUAUGGAUAUGGUAGUCUUUAAAAUAGCCAUUCCUAUUGUGAUCUUAAUAAACACAAAAGUCAUUAAGCUCAGUGCCAACACUCACUGAGGUUUAAGCGAGAAUAAUCAAUGCUGGAACUUGUUACUCCACAUUUUUCAAUUGACAGUGUUGCGGCAGCUAGUAUGUUACCAAGUGCUAGCUACAUUAAGUGGGCGGUGUUUUUUGUUUGUUUAUUUUUACUUGAGACAUUUUUGGUGCAGGUGUGUGCACAAUUGAAAAACUGAGUCAGUUUUUUGAUUUUUGAAAUGUUUCUUUACAAAUAUGUAUCAAAACAAAAAAUGCCUGCCAUCUUGAAAGAGAAGUUCAAAAUGGCUGCAUAAGGACCACAGCAUCGGGAGGGCAUAGCGUGGCGUUGGUGUUUACCGAUCUACCUUUAACCACAAGGCCCAGAUGGUAUUCUACGCUUGCAAGUGUUUUGUUUUUUGGUCAAGGAGAAAAGACAUAUGAACUGAGUCGCAGGCUUAACUUAAUUACAAACGUUUUCUCUUUUCAAGCUGCGUUGGAGGCAUGGUUCAUCUUUAAGAGACAGGCAUUAGAAUGAUCACUGAGGUUUAACAGCAAAGGACGGAGUGGGGCAGAGCAGCACUCCGACCACUGGGGUUAGGGGGAGGGGGGUAGGCGUGGGGCGCGGUUUUCAGUGCACCGCCGUUGUCAGCAGCUUUGGUUUCCAUUGCUGCAUAUUCUAACUGUGGAGGUGGCCAAAGACGGGGAGUGUCCACUUCUUUAUGGGACAUAAGUACUGUCAACUCCUCUGGGAGUUCAUCUGCUCAGACAUGUAUAACAAGGUCUGGCUCAGUAAAGCCAGACCAGGCUUUUCCUCCUCCAAGAGGAGCAGCCAACAAGAGGAGGAGAGACUGGGCAUUUAACCUCUAAAUGCUCCAUGUUUCUCAUUGGGUGUGUUGUGCCUUGAAAUCUUUUUUUUAGAAAAUUGAACUAAAAGCGGAUGCACUGGCAGUGUUGAGAACUUGAGAUUGAAUGGUGCUACUUGAUUUAGGUGUGUAGGCCCUUGUACGUCGUGCCCAUCGAGUUUUACAAAAGUUAUUUUAUUGCACAUCUAGAGUUUUAUAUAGAUGUCUUGGAUAUGUGUCCUUAAGCUUCCAAAUAUUGUGUGUGAGGAGAUUGUGAAAAACGCAGCUUGUUUACAAAGGGGAAGGGUUCUCAACGUUCAACCAGGAUUUAUUUGGGACCAGGGGAUUUAGCAGUUGGGGAAUUUAGCCAUUUGCACACAGAUUUCUAGAUUCUACUUUUGCUGCUAGUUUUGUGUAAUUUAUUAAGCAUUUUUGACAAAUAUUUAUUUUUGUAAGCCUCAAAGUGAUUCUUUGAAAGUUUCAGAAACUUGACCAAAAGACAGUACAAAAACACUGGCACUUGAAUGUUGAAUGUCACCUGUAUGCGUGAAAUUUAUAUAUUUCGGGGUAGUGUGAGCUUUUUAAUGUUUAAGAUGCAUUGGACUCAGUAAAUAAUAUCCACAGCUGUUUCACGGCCUCCUCAGGGCCAAUCAUCUCUAUUAGAUUACCAAUUGGCUAUCAAAAUUUGAAAUGGAAUUGAACAGACAUGCCAAGGUUUGGAACGAAGUUGUCAAAAGAGCAAAUAAAUUUCCUAAGCGUAUCAGUGCAGAAGUGUUCAGAUUCUCCAGUUGUGUGCAUUGUUUGAUUCUUUCUCUAAUUUGACCUGGUAAUUAUUUUUCUCCAGUGAAUGUCUGGCACAUGGCAAUCUUUAAAGAAACAAACAUGUGGUUUAUUCUCUAUUGUUGCAUUUGCAUAUAUGGCAUCUAUUGUUCUCCCUGAGUGUGGAGCAGGUCUCCAUGGCAGCUACCGGUGCUGUUUGGGACGACCUGUAAACUGUGCAGGCGAAGCCCUGCCCAAGACUCGCUCCAUGCCCAAAGGAGAACCCUAGAGCUCUUUAGAUGUAGACUUUGCUUUCUGUACUAGCUUAGAGGCUAAUGCACUGCAUGGGAAAUACUCAGCCGUGCAAAUUGUUGUAUGAUUUUACCAAAAUAAAAGUUGGAAUGCAAAAGUAUCUGAAAAAUCAA